UAUUGAAAUCUAAUCACUUGAUUAAGUUUUUAAGUGCUUUAAGUCGUAUUCAAAACAUAAAUAUCAUAAUAAUUGAAUUCGCCGGAUAAAUUUAUUUAUACAAUUUGACCAACUUAAAUUCGAUAGUUUGUGUGUAUAUGUCAUUCACGCCACGUCCAAAAAGUUAAAUUCGUGUGUUAUUUCGAUAACGAAAAAUGAUUACGGCAUUAAAUGCAAUCGAUACCGGCCAUGAAGAUAUGAUUCAUGAUGCCGAAAUGGAUUAUUAUGGAUUACGAUUAGCCACGUGUUCUUCCGACCAUUCUGUAAAAAUAUACGAUGUUAAAGGUGGUACACAAUCGCUGGUGGCUGAUUUGAAAGGGCAUGUUGGUCCUGUUUGGCAAGUAGCAUGGGCCCAUCCGAAAUUUGGUAAUAUUCUGGCGUCAUGUUCAUACGAUCGUAAAGUGAUUAUUUGGAAAGAGAAUCGAGAAUGGGUGAAAUUAUAUGAAUAUUGUAAUCAUGAUUCGUCCGUGAAUUCCAUUGCAUGGGCUCCCAUGGAAUAUGGUUUAAUAUUGGCGUGUGGCAGUUCAGAUGGUUCCAUUUCAUUUGCAACAUACAAUUCAGAAACGGAUUCGUGGGAUUCGAAGAAAGUGUCAAAUGCUCAUACGGUUGGAUGUAAUGCGGUUAGUUGGUGUCCGGCAAAUGGUUCCGAAACAGUUUUUGAUAAUUCACAACCGACAACGGUGAAACGUUUAGUUUCUGGUGGUUGUGAUAAUUUAGUGAAAAUUUGGAAAGAAGAUAACGAUCGUUGGAUUGAAGAAACUAAAUUAGAAAUGCAUUCUGAUUGGGUUCGUGAUGUUGCUUGGGCACCGUCUAUCGGUCCUAAAAACUCGAUGAUCGCAAGUUGUUCACAAGAUCGUCGUGUAUUCAUUUGGACGAGUAAUGAUAAUGUCACUUGGUCGCCAACUGUGUUGCAUACCUUCGACGAUGUUGUAUGGAAUGUUAGUUGGUCGUUGAUGGGUGGCAUUCUAGCUGUAUCCGGUGGUGAUAAUAAAGUCAGUUUAUGGAAAGAAAAUUUGGAUGGACAUUGGCAGUGUAUUAGUGAAGUUAGUAAAGGGCAAGGUCAAAUGGCGGGCAGUGAGCAAAGGGCUUUGUAAAUUUUGUAAAAAAAAAUGAAAUCUGAGCUAUAUGAGAUGUUAAUUCUUUUAUUUUGUUU